GGGUAAUGUAGUUUAUACCAUUUCAAAUGCGGUCGUAAAUCGACACACGGAACUUCAAUUCCCAGCUACGGAAGUCUGUGCAACGGAAGAGGCGCAUCGUUCAGAAACUCUGGACGAGUUUGGAACAAGUCGGGGCAAGUACCACCGCUAAAAUGUACUGUAAAAUCAAUUAAACCUCCGUGGUUAUGUGUAUUUAGAAAGCCAACAAGUCAGUGUUUUUCAAGGUUGUUGUGAAAAAGUCGCCAGAAUGUUCAUUCUUAAACGUAUAGUGUCUGCCGGAGGCGUCAUGGUCCCUCAGUGCAUCCCCCUCCCUGUGAGAAACUUCUCUGCUUGCCACUGUCUAAGUUCCCCCAAAAGACGAAGUCCGUACAGCGUAGAGGACAGUGAGCGCUACUCUUCUCUUGUGAAGUCUGUCAUAUCCAACAGGGUCAGUGCCCAAACGCCAGAGUCCCUCCAAGCGGAAGACGAGCAUAUUUAUGGACGUAUUGUCAAAGCUCAGACACCCUCCACAAGACCUGAGAUGAGGGAGCCUAGAUCACUUCAUCCCUUCUUACACUCUGAAAAGACUCUAGAAACAGAGGAGCCAGAGUCAGGACCUCCAGCCCGGAUUGUGCUUGAAAGAGGACAAGGCAGGUCUUCAGUACCAAGUGUGACCCGCAUUCUUCAGCAGACGCUUUCCCCAGAGCAGAUCUUCUACCUGGAGAGAUGGAAGAGGAAGAUGAUCGCAGAGCUCGGAGAGGAUGGCUUCAAAGAAUACUGCCAGAAUUUAUUUAGGCAAGGGCACUGUUUCCAUUCAGCUGUGGAGGACAUUCUGACAUCAGGUGAAAAAUGGAAGAACGAACAUCCUUCAGAGACAAAAGAGUAUCCACCAGAGAUACAGGGAUACAUGGAGAGCAUCUCUCACAUACUGGAAGAUGUCAGUGCUGUGAGAGCUACUGAAUCCACUGUACAACAUAACACCCUGAACUAUCUGGGCAUUGUGGAUUGUGUCGCUCGUUACAGAGGUGUACUAUGUGUUAUUGACUGGAAGACUUCAGAAAAGCCCAAGCCAUUCCUGAGUAAUACAUAUGACAACCCUAUUCAAGUGGCAGCCUAUGCUGGGGCUUUGAACAGUGAUUACAACUACAAAUACCAGGUUGAAAAUGGACUUAUUGUAGUGGCCUACAAGGAUGGCUCACCUGCCCAUGCCCAUCAGCUGAAGUCAGAGCUGAUGUUGGAGUACUGGAAAACUUGGUUGCUACGCCUUGAAGUGUUCACAGAGCAGAGAUCCAGUCAUGCGUCAAGUGCUUUUUCAGAGAAGAGAUGAGAUGUUUGAAGAGAGAUCUACAAGGGCAUGUCCAUGAAGAAAGGUUAUUUUGUUUAGGCCAGCUGAACCUGAGGUGAAAAUAACAAAUGCUCCAAUGUAGUGGAGACA